GACUUGGGAAAGCGUUUAUUGCUUAUGCCUACGCCUGGUGGUGAUUGCUCGUUGACUCCUAAAUUAAGACAAAUUUAAGUUUUUGAUUUAACCUUUUAAGAAUGAGAGAUUGAUUCUGGCUUGGAACUUUUUGUCAAAACAAUCUGUAGAUGUGUGAAAAUGUUAGUGAUAUCGAGCGGAGAUCCUUUCUGAAGUAUGGAGAGUAAAGAAAAGGAAAGAACGGAGGGAUAUCCGGAGAGUGCCUUCAGGUUUUGGGGUGAGGAGCGUGAGGAUGAUAUCAUCUACUCUGUCUUUCUCAAGAAGGUGAGCUAUAAGAAGUCUGCAACAGAUGCCUCCGCUGCAGUUCAACAAGAUGAUUCCUCUCCGGAAAGUAGUGUUCAAUUCUUAUCGUAUCUGCAGUGGGAGACAUUGAGGAUACGAACCAUCAAGGCGGCGUCCGUGCAGCGCCUUGUGGAGUACCUGCCAAUAGCUGUAGAACAGAUGGAUUCUGUCUACAUCAAUGUUUUCUUCUCAACAUACCAAACCUUUAGUUCACUCCGGGAGGCACUGGGUAUUCUCCUCAAAAGGUACAUAGAACUGCAGGAGGGGUCAAGAAAACCAGAGAAAGACAGACAACUUAAGAAUAUCCGGUCAGUAGUGAUGAUGUGGCUUGAGGAGAGCCAGGACGACUUCCGAGAAGCGCCUGACUACCCUUGCCUUCAUAUGAUUGAGGAGUUUGCACGGGAUGUGUCUCAGGAUGUAGAACUCCAGCUGCGCGCUGAAUACCUGAUGACAUCCUUUGAGAAUGAAGAUUCACCAAAGAAAUUAUCACCCGAGGUGCCCAAGUUUCAGUUUUCUGUCUGUGAUGAAGUUGAUUUCAUGAUGUUAGCAACGAUAGGAUACCAAGAUAUAAGGGAGAUAGAUAGUCAGCUGUUAGCAGAACAAAUCACAAAGAUGGAAUCAGCACUCUUUCAGAAGGUUAUCCCUCAACACUGUCUUGGGUCCAUCUGGUCAAGGAGAGACAAGAAACAUGGUGUUGACCCUACAACAGUUGCGGCAACAGUAGACCAAUUCAAUGACAUCACAAUGAAAGUCAUGUCAACCAUCUUGGAAGACAAAUUACUGAGGCCAAUCAUGAGAGGUCUUGUCAUCAGCAAAUGGAUUGACGUGGCUCAGGCAUGUAGAGAGCUAAAGAAUUUUUCAGCAUUGAAAGCAAUCAUCUCAGCCCUUCAAUCUCACCCUAUUCAUAGAUUAAGAAGGUCGUGGAAUUCAGUUCCCAAAUCUACCUUAGUACUUUUUGAAGAUCUUGCCAAUAUCUUUGUAGAUGACAACAACUUUGAAACGUGGAGACAAAUCAUCAAUAAGGAAGGUACAGCCAAGUUUGCCACUAUUUCACCAAGGAGCAGCAAAAAAGUGACCAAGUCAUUGCGCAAAAUGAUGAGCUCAGAUAAGCUGGUUGUACCGAGAAGAGAUUCAUGGCAUGGUAAAGUGAAUGGGACAGUGCCCUAUUUAGGAACAUUCCUAUCAGAUCUUAUCAAGAUCGACUCAGCCUAUCCUGAUACGAUAGAGGAUGGACUCAUCAACUUUGAGAAGAAGAGAAAGGAGUUUGAAGUUGUUGCUCAAAUUCGAUUACUUCAGAUGGCGAGUAAGACCUAUCAGAUCUUACCUGAUGAGAAGUUUCUAGACUGGUUCAAUAACAUCAAUGUUCUUUCAUACCAACAAUGCUGCACAUUAUCAGAGGAAUUGGAGUCAUCUAACAUGAUGCCCAGCUCUGCUCCAACUACACCGACUAUGACCAAAGCUGAGAAACCCAGGACAUACAGGAAGUUCUUCAGCUUCACGGCCGAGGACUUCAAAAAUCGCACAAGCACAAACAGUACGACGGAGAGCAUGAACUCUUCGUCAUAUUCCAAUACAAACAGCAGCAAUGGGAAGGAUUCGUGCCGUGUCAGGACGGGCCCUGAAGCCAAGAAUCACAGUAGCACUAGCAGCAUCAGCAGUAGCACGUCCUCAACGCCAUCGUCGGACGACAGCAUGAGCAUCGCAAGCAUCGACAAUCAACUGCCAACUCCCACGCAUUCAGCCUCUUCGACGUCGUCUUCAGCGGCAUCAGGCACGACAUCUUUGUCAUUAUCGUCUUCAUCGGAAGCUGGUAGUAGAGAUUCAAGUCUGUUGUCGGUUGAGAACAGUCCGAUUAAACCUCAAAGGAGUCUGAAGGCUUCUCUUUCCCUGACCUCCCUCCCUACCCUUGAAAGACGGAGGUCCACCGGUCCUCAAGGUUGGGAUUUACCAUCUCAUUCUUGUCGUAUCAUCAGAGUUGGUCUCGAUGACAGUCUGCAGCAAGAAGGAGAUGGAAAUAUCUACAGGAGUCUUGUGAUCACUCACCAAGAGCAUACUCCAAGUAUCAUCAAGACUGCUCUGAUGAAGCAUCACAUUCCAGAGCCUUGGGAUUACCAGGAUUUUCAGCUCAUUCAACUACUUGAUGAUAGAGAACUCAUCAUACCUGGAGAUGCUAAUGUCUUCUAUGCAAUGAACACAGCUGCCCAGCCUAAUUUCCUCCUUCGAAGUAAGUCCGUAGAAGCUGAGGACUCUAGCAAGAAAAAGAAGAGUGUGCGAGGAGGAAGUCAAAAGGGAUCGAAACGUCCCCUAAUCAAGCGCAUGUCGUGGGUCAAAGUUCAUGAAGAAGCUAGAUGAGAUCCCCCCUCCUGCACGGCACGAUGACGCUGAGGACGGACUGAACUUACAGGACAUGUACAUGGAUGUGAUCGGUCUUGAAUGAUGUUCAUUAGUUUUCAAUCAUGCGUGUUAAGAGUGGACAUUGGAUCUAUGGAAACGGUGACCGAUAAUGAAUUCAAAGUAGAGAGUAUUAAUAUUGUGUUAACUCGUCUGAGACUGAAUGAUUUUGCUCUAUAACAUGUUUUCCAUAGACUCCAUUCCACAUAUAUGCCAGCUUAGUCUCCAUCAGGUUUAGGGGAAACAGUGUGCAGAGAAUGAUUCACAUACAGAUUUGCUAUGCAAAAAACAAGGCAAUUAAGAAAAUACAGGUUCAAUGUGUAGAAUAUAUUGACACCAAGUGGUUUAUACAUCGAAUGCGUGAUAGUGCUUGCCAUGCCAUCUAGUUUAUUUUGAUGAUUGUGCGCCAUUCUACAGAGAAUUGAGAUUGAUCCAAUUAAUCUCAGGUAUAGAAAGCCAUCAAUGUCCUAAUUUCAAUUAGGGAAUUUACUUAAUCUUUCUUUGGCAACAUAUUGUUUAUGAUUUGGCAAUGGAGGAAGCAUAGAUUUCAACUGCCACAGAUGAGAAUCAAUCUUGUCUCCUUUUAAAAAUGACUUCUCAAGCAUGCAAUGGGAUGAAAAUUGCAGUAUUCAAUCGUUCAAUAUUUGAUAAUCAAAUAUCUGAAUUAUUACAAAGGGCCUUCUUUAAAAUAAUCAUUAGAAUAUAAGUGCGUUAAAAUCUGAUUUAACAAUAAAAUUCUAUCAAAGAGUCCACUCAUGGAUAAUGAUUCAAAUGCCUUCAAAUCAUGCUUUUAAGCAUUCUGUUGUCCGAAGUACAAAAAAAUGCUACUUCAAAACUAUGUAUGUGGAUGUCAUGACUUUGGUCUCAUAAGAUGUGCGUGCAGGAGUCUAAAUAAAGAAGAAUUAUGCAAUAUCAGGCAACACCUUUGCAUGUUACUGACACAGUGUACAAAAUGUCUAUACUCAGCCCUUAAAUGUUAAGUGCAUGAUGAUUUUUUUUCUAUAAAGUUUAUUUUUCGAAAGUCUUGCUCACUCCCUUUUUUAUAUGAAUUGCAGCUCAAUUUUUUUCCCCCAAAUGCUAGAUUAUGAACAUUUGUUAUAUGUUAUAUAUGCUUUCUGACCAAAUAUACAUGUAAUGAAUAAUUAAUCAAUCACUUUUAUGAUUUACCACUCAAAGUUAUAAUUGCAACAUUUUAUUACCAUUGUUUGGAAUUUUUCUGGACACCACCCCACCCCCCCCCCCUGAACUAUAUAAUAAUUCACUUCAACAAAUGGAAUACAAUUCUUGUAUCAUUUUGUGCCUUUUUAUGAUUUCUAGGAUUAAGAAAUCUCUCCAGAUGUCAAUUUGAUCUUUCAUUUACUAUUAUGAUUCAAUUACUUGCAAAAUUUGAGGAGUUAUGAAUAUAUUUUUGAACCCAUUUCCUGAGAGUAAUUCGGGAAAGUCAGGAUGUCUUGUUGGAACAUCUAACAAUGUUUAUACGUUUACAUGCAUGCCCCUGUACAGUUAUUUUGUCAUGUGUUAUUGUGCAAAGCAUCUUAUAUGUUUAGGUUUUUAUUACAAUGCCAUUCUUGCCUGUACUCAUAAAGACUAAUUUUACUUACAUGUAAGCUCCUAAAAUACUUGGCUAUUAUUACUCCUAAAAUUACUGGGGGCUUAAUUAGAAUUAUAACAACUACUUCAUUGAAGCUAGGACAAUGCAUUUUCAGAUCUUCUGUAUAAUUUUUCAAAUAUUUAAAUUUUUAAUGGGAUUCCCAUGUUUCUCAUUUUCUUGCCCAUUUAAAAUUAAUUCUCCAACUCUUAAUGAAGAUAAGGUACAUAAUGAUUUUAAAAUGUGAUUAAUCAAAUCGAUCACUUUUUAUUUCAAUUCCCAAUCUAAUUAUGCUUUAUAGAUUAACAAAUUUUGUGCCAAAAUCAGAAUAUUUUUUAAUACAUGAAUGU